AGAGUGUAGUGGGAGUUUCUAAGUGGGAACAGAGCAUUUACUGUUUCAUAUUACACAGAAAAGAGGAGAAAGAGGAGAGGAGUUAAUGGUGGGUAAGGGCUCUGGUGGGUCGUGCAGUCAGGCUGUGUUUUGAAUGUAGCUGCUUGUAUAAGUGCUGUGCAGUUGUCUGGGUUUAUGGAUUCGCUGACUGAGGAAAAUGUACUUCUCUGUAGUGGUCCUUGUCCUGACUAAGGCUCUGGUCACAGAGGUGUGUUACGCCCUGAAUGUGACAGUAACCCCUGGGCCUAUUGUCAUGGUAACUGAGAGUGACAACUUGACGCUGUCAUGCUUGGUGUCUCAGAGGAAGAGGAGUAACAGUGCACUGGUCCUCCGCUGGUUCUUCUCUCCUCCUGUUGCCCCCACUCUCUCAACUCCAUCCCCAGCUCCAUCCCCAUCUCACCCUGCACUCCGGCCCUCCGAGCUUCUCAUCGUGAGGCUGGGCAUCAAGAAAAUGAAGCUGUAUGGGAACUACACCCGUCGCUUCCCUCAGCCAAAGUUUCGUCUUUAUGAGGAGAUGGAAGAAGAGGCGUACCGGCUGCUGAUCGUCAAUGUGACGGGGAUUGACCAGGGCUUCUACACUUGUAGAGUUCAGGAGGUCCGUAAACACAGAAGCACCUGGAGAGCGUCAUCCAAUGGCACCAGCACCACACAACUCACAGUGCACUUCACCCAUGAGGAUAGUCGCAGUGAAGGAGUGUGGCGUUUGUUUGCAGAUGUGUAUCUGUGUGCUGUGCUGAUCUGCUCUCUGGGGUUGCUGUCCAUCUUCCUGUUCACUCUGGUUUUAAUCUGCCAGUACCUUCACAGCAGGCACAGGCUCAGAGCCAGUUACCUCCUAGUCAAAUGUCCAGAAAGCAGCUCAGGAGAAACUGUGACCAGCUCAGCCAGUUCCUCCAGCUCCUCUCCCCGAGCACAGAGGAAAGAGAUCAAACAAAAACCUGAAAGAAAAGUAACAUCAACAGCACCUAAAGUACCUGAGGAGCCUCCACCCCACAUACCAACCAAAGUGCCUGUUGCUGCACAGAGACCUCGAAAGCCCAGAAGGUUAAAGACCCAACCAAGGAAAUCUGCGACGCCGCGAGUACCACAGGAGGACAGUCUGACAUACGCAGAGCUGGAGCUGGUCAGACCGAGGCCUGAGCCCCCAGCCUCCUCCAACCCCAGCCCCUCAACCUCCAGCCCAGACACUGUGUACGCUCAGAUCCUCUUCCAGGAGAAACGGCUGUAAACUCUGCAGCUCUGGACACGUGGAUGUUACUGCACCUCCUGGUGAGGGCAGAGAUUCAGUCGCCCAAACUGAAAUCCACAUCCAAAGGACUAUAUUUAUGAACUGUCUCUGUGGCAUUUAGCAUUUCAUUUGGUCAUAAGCACGCUACAACUUCUGCUGGUAAACGGGAUAGGGGCUUCGCCUCCCUUCGAUCACUGCAGUGUUUGGUUCUCACAGUGCUGUUGUUGUGUUGGUGUUGUUUGUUGGCAUCGCUGGCCUGUGUGCCAGAUGUUUGUUCAUUCAGGAAUGCUCUUACUGUUAACUGUUGCUGUACAAACCCAGGAGACUAUGUGGCAAUUUACUGUAAUGCUACGAGGCAUUGUAACACUUAGCUUUUUAAAUGCAUUUAUAAUUACAGUACUAAUACACCAACUGAAUAAAUAUACGCCUGGUUCUUACAGUGUGAACAAACAAUUGUUGCUUCACAUAAAUCAUGCCUGUAAG